AUGACUCAAGUUAUAGAAGAUACUUAUCCCUGUUUGCCUAUUUAUGAAGCUGUUGCCAAAGAAGUCGACAAUGAUGACUGCCAGCCUUAUUUUGAUUUCAUCACAACCCUAAGGGAAGCAAAGCAAACUGAUUAUCAAAGCUACAAGUAUAGAAUUGAUACUCAUUUCCCCAAAAUUGACAAACUAGUUUUGCGAAGACCCACCUGCAUGCCAACUAUUUCCGAAGCUGUUGCUCAUUUGAAGUUGUUGAGAGCGUUUGGUGUGUUGAAGGAAAAUGUUUUAGAGGGCGGGAAUGAUCCAGAACAGUACCAAGUUAAAAAGUGGAAGGUGUUUGUUACAUGUGCUGUUAGGCGGUUCAUUAUUUUUGUAUCUGCCUUGAAGGAGUGUUUUGGCGAUAGGCUGUCAUCGAGGGAACUUCCAUUUUAUGAGCUACGAAAGCAUACAAGUUUCAAUGAAACAAUGGAUCUGUUCUUGCCUCCGCUAGAUGUGGUUAUGGUAUGGCAUGCUUUUCUAUUAAAUCCCAGGACGUUUUAUGAUGUGUUUACCAGAGAGGAUUUUAUUGUAUUUGCAAAGUACCCAUUGCCGUUGGAUAGACUUGAAUCGUGUAUUGACGACGAAUCUUUUGAGUUUAAGGUAUCGGAUGAGCUCAAGACAAACUAUACCAAUCUAUUGAAAACAUUCACAGACGAAGCAAACGAUCUCAAGUUUGAUGUGGGGACUUUUUCCAUGUAUGAGGAGUUGGUUGUUGUUUAUUGUCCACAAUGUGAGGUACCAUUAUCAAAGCCUAUCCCAAUGACAACUGAUCGGGAAACUGGGUUUGCUGAUUACCAAUUUAAAGCAAAACCUCAACGUAAGAAUCGAAACAUUGUUCUUCACAAUUGUUAUUGUGAUGAUAUGGAAGAACUAACUCAUAACGAACUACGCAAACUUCAAUUGUACCAUGAUCUCCAUGACUCACGACCCCUUCCAAAUGCUUAUAAAUACUAUUCACCGGUUCUUUGCAAUCCAAAACAAUCAAGAGAUCCUGUUGUUAUUAGCAAUCAGAUCAAACAAGUGGUUAUGAAGCGUUGGAGUUCUUCCAAAAGCGUUUACACAAUUACAAAAGAUAUUGACGAACGGUUGAGUGGUUAUGCACAAUCGAAUCUUAUUUGUUAUACAGUGCCCCGUGGUAUGGUAAUUGGCGAGGAUCUAGUUGGCUGUGUAUUGCGACAAGAGAUAUUUACCAUGAAAAUGAACAGCAUGGAUUGGUUGCAUUCUCCUAUUGUGUUGCAGAGCGUGUCAGAGUCGUUGAUUAGGUACAGAAAGUUUUUCUUGAUGAUGACUGACAGUAACUUAACACAUAUGGUGGUUCCCACAUUGGAUAUUGACUUGGUGUGGCACACACAUCAGCUAUGGAUGUAUGGAUAUUUUAAAGACUGUUUGUCUUCAUCAUGCCAUGCAGUAAUUGGUCAUGACGAUAAAGUCGAGGCAGGAGAAUUAGACGAUGGUUUUCAGUUCACUUGCAAGCUUUACAAGAAGCGGUACAAUGACGACUACUCAAUCUGCUAUUGUCGUUAUUGCUCGAGCCACAGACCAGAGGUCAAACUUCUGUUUUGGAAGUCGUCUUUGAAAACGCGAAAGAAAUUGGAAAGGGAGAAGUUUUCGUUAGUUACUCAUCCGUUGUUCAGUUUGAAUGAAGGGUUGUGUCAUAUAAGUACACAUAACUCAACAGUUUUACCCUAUUAUGCUGCAAGAUUAGAAAGCAAUCUACCAUGGACAAAAGAGAAUUGUCAUUUGCAAAACCCAGCAAAAUAUGUUGUUGCACCAGUUGUACCUAGAAUGUUUAUAUAA